UCCGGGAUCAACAGUCCUGAAGGAGCCGCGCGACUCUGGACGUCUCUGUGGGACUGCACGCGGGAUGAACGCGCUUCUCUUUUCCUCUGUGGACACUCAUCUUUCCCGCGUCUUCAUGUCUCACUCCUUCAUGUCUCAUUCCUCCGCCACCUGGAAAGUGCGCUUUAUUCUCUGUUUCUCCGACUGCUGCUGAAGGAGAAGAAGAAACAGAAGAAGAAAUAACAACAAUAGGAAAAGUAGAAGAAGAAACGUCCCAGUAGAAAAAGUGUUGCUCCUGAAACUGGAUGAAAGUGUCUUCAGUGAGGCUCCUGGUAUCUGCAGAGAGACGCUAUGAGCUCCCUCCUCAACUGUUUGCUCUGGAUGCUUUUCUUGUUUCCAAAUUUGAGAUGCGACGCUGAUCCUGGUCUGUCUGUGGACACAGAUGGAGCUGAGGCUCAGAGUGGAGCUGCACCCACAGCUGAAGCUCCACAAGGUUAUUUCCUGGAGUUUCAGGAGCCAGUCAACAACAUCACCCACUUUCAGGGCCAGACAGCCACGCUGCACUGCAAAGUGACGGGAAACCCACGGCCGUCCAUCCGCUGGCUGAAGAAUGAUGCCCCUGUGGUUCAGGAGCAGGGACGCAUUACCAUCCGCAAGACCGAGGCCGGAUCCAAGCUCCGCAUACAGGACCUGGACACUACAGACACAGGCUACUAUCAGUGUGUCGCCUCCAACUCACUCAAGGUCAUCUCUGCCACAGGCGUCCUGUACGUCAAACUUGGGCAGAUGCCCACACAUGGCCCGGAUGAGUCGUCCCGUGAAAAAGGUUUCUGUCAGCCGUACCGAGGCAUUGCCUGUGCUCGCUUCAUCGGCAAUCAAAGCAUUUAUGUUGAGUCUUUGCAGAUGCAGGGGGAGAGUGAAAACCGCAUCACAGCUGCCUUCACUAUGAUCGGCACCUCCACCCACCUGUCAGAUCAGUGCUCCAGGUUUGCCAUCCCGUCCUUCUGCUACUACGUCUUCCCUCUGUGUGACGAGGGGAACCGGGGCCCCCGGCGGCGUCAGCUUUGUCGAGAUGAGUGUGAGGCCUUGGAGAACGACCUGUGCCACACCGAGUACACCAUUGCCAGAUCCAAUCCCAUGAUCCUCAUGCAGCUGGAGCUGCCCAGCUGCCACCUGCUGCCUCGGCCGGGCACGCCAGAUGAUAGUUCCUGUAUGAGGAUAGGAGUGCCUCCAGAAAAACUGGGUCCAUACUCCCCCACAGACCACAGCUGCUACAAUGGAAGCGGGGCUGACUACAGAGGCACGGUCAGCGUCACUAAGUCCGGUCAUCACUGCCAGCCAUGGAGUGCUCAGUACCCCCACAGCCACCACCUGUCCCAGGAGUACCCCGAGCUCUGGGGGAGUCACAACUUCUGUCGCAAUCCGGGGGGCCAGAUGCAGGCACCUUGGUGCUUCACUCUGGACCCUAAGGUCAGAGUAGACCUGUGUGACAUCCAUCCCUGCACACCUCCAGAGAACCCCAGGAAGGAGAUCCUGUUCAUUCUAAUCCCUGCGAUUGCCAUCCCAUUGGUCAUCGCCUGCCUCUUCUUUCUGGUUUGCAUGUGUCGCAACAAGCAAAAGGCAUCAAAUGACACACCACUUCGCUGCCAGCUUAACAGCUCACCUAACCAGGACACAGAGCUGUCUCUGCUCAGCCAGCAAAAACACCAGGCCAAGCUGCGGGAGAUUAACAUGUCAGCAGUGCGGUUUAUGGAGGAGCUUGGCGAGGAUCGGUUCGGCAAGGUUUACAAGGGCCACAUGUAUGGCACUGCACCUGGUGAGCAGACGCAGGUGGUGGCCAUCAAGACAUUAAAGGACAAGGUGGAUGCCAAUCUCUGUGAGGAAUUUCGCCACGAAGCCAUGCUCCGCUUUCAUAUCCAACACCAGAAUGUUGUUUGCUUGCUGGGUGUCGUGACCAAAGAGCAACCUAUGAGCAUGAUAUUCACCUACUCUGGCCUCGGUGACCUCCAUGAGUAUCUGGUAAUGCGCUCCCCCAACUCUGAUGUUGGCAGCUCAGAUGAUGACAAGACAGUCAAAUCCACACUGGAGCAGGCUGAUUUCCUUCAUGUUAUCACCCAGAUUGCUGCUGGAAUGGAGUACCUUUCCAGCCAGCAGGUAGUCCAUAAAGACCUUGCUGCCAGAAACAUUCUCGUCUUUGACAAACUCAGCAUCAAGAUCCUGGAUCUAGGCCUGUUCAGAGAUGUCUACUCCGCAGAUUACUACAAUUUAAUGGGCACAAGCCCCUUCCCAAUUCGUUGGAUGUCCCCAGAAGCUAUCAUGUAUGGCAAGUUCUCCACCGACUCUGACAUCUGGUCUUAUGGUGUCUUGCUGUGGGAGACUUUCAGUUACGGUCUGCAGCCAUACUGUGGCUACUCAAACCAGGAUGUGAUCGAGAUGGUGCGCAGCCACCAGCUUCUGCCGUGUCCAGAUGACUGCCCGGCCUGGAUUUACACCCUCAUGCUUGAGUGUUGGAGUGAAUUCCAAGCAAGAAGGCCUCGCUUCAAGGACAUCCACACUCGUCUGCGCUCCUGGGAAAGCCUGUCCAACUACAACAGCUCUGCUCAGACUUCUGGCACCAGCAAUACUACUCAGACCAGCUCCCUCAGCACCAGCCCUGUCAGCAACAUCAGUAUGAGCACUGCGAAUGCCUCUCGCUACACCAGCCCUAAAAAGAGCUCACCAUUCCAUCAGCCCCAGUUCAUGCCGAUGAAGGGUCAAAUGCAUCGGCCAAUGGUGCCCCCACAGCUCUACAUCCCUGUCAAUGGAUAUCAUCCCAUGCCAUACCCAUAUCUGCAGAACUUUUACCCCAUGCAGAUACCCAUGCCCAUCCCCCACCAGCAGAUGCACCACCCACCACAGAUGGUUCCCAAAGCUGGUUCUCACCAUAGUGGCAGUGGAUCCACAUCAACAGGCUACGUCACCACUGCCCCCUCCAACACUUCUGUCACAGAGCGAGCAGCUUUGCUAAAUGAGGACUCCAAGACCAAUGACGAGGACUUGGCUGACAGAGAGUCCAAUGAAGAGCUGGACCAAAACAAGGACUUGUUAGUGCCUGAAACCGAAUUGCUAGGUGACAAUGACCCUCCACAAACUGAUGUCAGAGACAGAAGUGAGGUGCUCUAUGAAGAAGAGUAAAGCUUAAGUAUUCUGUGAGCUGCGCUUUCCACAAAUUCAAUAAGCAGCAUAAAGUGAAGUGAGCAGUUUUGUCUAACAGUGACUGAAUGUUUUUUACGAGUGUCUUAGAUAGUACUGACACGUUUGAAUGUCAAGUGUGUCUCAUGUUUGCACCUCUCAAACUCCUGUGUCAACAAUGAAGCAAAGUUUAUCACGCAGUCCUCUACAGACCUUAUUUUUAAUAAUGUUGCCGUUCAGAGGAAUUUAUUUUCUUGCUGUUGCUGUGCAACACAACACAUUUUCUCUUGUGCAAGUAUUUUAGAGGUUGCCUUACCUUGAUGGAAGCUUUGCCUUUUCUGAUGCACAUGAUGCCGCUUCUUGCCAGUAAGGCCAUUCACUGGGAGGACAUAAGGACGGAAUUCAUGCCCCCAAUGGCCACCCUUCCACCUUGGAUACCACACCUCUAUACAGGCACCCUCACCUACCAACAGUAAUUGCUAGUGCAGCAAAAAAGUCUUCCCACACACUUACAAUGCCUGUUGUGUUUCGUGUUUGAAGACUCAACCAAGCCAGGUGUACUGCUGCAGGAACUCAGACCUGAACCCAUGUUUCUGUAGUGGUGGCGUUUUCCUUGUGCGCAACUUAUGCACCCCUUUUGACAAUUUUAUGUUGUUUUUGAGGUUAUUAUUUUAUGUUUGUGAAAGCCACAAUCAGAGAACAAUAGAAUGUAUGAUAAAUAGAAAUGCUGUAAGAGUUUUGAAAGAAACAGUCUAUGGGUAACUUUGUUAAUAAUUAUACUCACUGAGAUGUAUUUUGGAAUGUAUCUCUAUCAAACAAAACACAACAAAAAAACUUUUUUUUCAGGCCUUUGAUAAAGUUCUCACAUGGCCUAUUUCCCAAGAGGUUGAUAUUUUAAAGAGUAACUAAAUCCUCCACUUUUGGCUUGAGUGCUUCCUCCCUAGAAUAUGAAAAAAGCAGGGCUGAGAGGAGGGCUAAGACAUGCUCAGUCACCCAAUCGUGCCACUUCUCAAUCCAUAGCAUCCCCCUGACACCCCAACACAGAAAGUCAUUGGUUGGUGAGAGGGUGACAGAGGGCUCAGUUGGUGAUGAAAGCAGGCUCCUGCUACCAGGAUCAGCCAAUAGCAAACCUCAGUUGCAAUAGCAGGUUUCAACCUUUAGAGGGCACUCACUAAUCAUAUUUUUAACACAAUAUGUAGAAUUUUAAUACUUUGCACUCACAUCAAGAGCUGGUCUUGAAUCAAUCUACAACACUACUAAAUACCCAUAUAUAUUGCUUUUCAAAUGAGAAAAAAAUGGUUUGUGGUUUUAGUUACUCUUAAACGUGGACUUUGAAAACCAAAUUGUACAGAUCUAUAAUUUAUGUACUUUGGUUUGAGCGUUUUAUUUGUUUAUAGUUUUUCUUUAUUGGUGAAGAUUCCUAAGCCUGGCGUAAGUACAAUGUCUUUUCCACCACAUUUGUUUUAUUCAAGUAAUGUUUUGCUUACCAGAUAAUAUGUACAUCCAGCUAUGGAGUAUCCAAUAAAGUCAUAUGAAUGAAA